UUUUUGCAGCAUGUGACUGAUUUGUCUGGAAGGGAAACAAUGGUUCGCAUCACUGGUGGUAUGAAGGUGAAAGCCGAUAGGGAUGAAUAUUCUCCUUAUGCAGCUAUGCUUGCCGCUCAAGAUGUUUCUCAACGCUGCAAGGAGUUGGGUAUUACUGCCCUUCAUAUAAAGCUCCAUGCUACCGGUGGGAACAAGACUAAGUCCCCGGGUCCUGGUGCCCAAUCAGCACUUCGAGCUCUUGCUCGUUACGGCAUGAAAAUUGGUCGAAUAUGCGCAUUUCCUUCAUCCUUCCAUUUCCCAAAUUGUUCUUUAUUAAGUCCAGUCACUUCAACUCCUGUAUACGCACGCUGACAAGUGACAUGUAUCCUUUUUUUCACC